AUGUCUGGAAACUUUCGAGAGAUACGGCCCUCCUCCCGCGCAAACUCCGUUACUGGUCCCAGGAGUGGAAGAGCCGAUAGAAGUACCAGCAGAGGGAGCAUGAAAGACCAUGCACUAUCUGCCCACCUCUGGGGAAGGGGAGACCAGGAACAAGAUGAUCCCCGGGCACAUUGGGCAAUAAUGGCCUAUGAAAGAGGGGGUACAUCGGGGGAUAUAUUCCAUGUUCGUAAAUGGGACAAUGAUUAUAAGUAUGAGAGGUCAACCCGCCCACUAGAAACGACAUCUUCCUUUGGCCGAAGCGAGCAUUGGAAGCCAAGGAGAUUGUCCCUCGAGGCACAGCUACCUACUGGGGGACCAAUGUCGGGAAGUCCUCUCCCUUCGUGGGCAGUCGUCUUGAGGCCGAUGGGCGAUCUUGGAUCCCAAAAAAAGGUGCAGGAGAGCGCUAUGAAGGGCCGGUGGAUGCUAGGUUCGGUGACAGAUCCAAACGCCCCCCAGUGGGUAAACUAA